UGACAGACACUGAGGAAACUGAUCUUCUUUUACAGCUGAUUGAUGACCCUUUAUGAUGUAGUCAACGGAAACACCAUAGUCUCACCUGUCCUGCUCUUGGAAGAUGGCCACCGCAGCGUACGACCCCCACAUGGGCUCCGACCCAGAUGAGGACGAUGAGUCUCUGUUGGGGAGCGAGUCGGAAUCAGACAGCAUCCUCUCUGACGACUCGGUGCUCCCAGACUACACGCUGCAGAGGACGGACAGCCGCGGGGAGCCGACACUAUAUCAAGCAUGCGCCCGCAACGAACCCUUUGCUCUGAGAAGAAUUCUGGAGAGAGGGGUCACAAAAGAGGAGGCCUCAGAGCUGGACAUCAACGGCUGGAAUGGCUUGAUGUUGGCUUGCUGCAAAGGUUUCGUUGAUAUUGUGUAUGGACUCUACACCUGUCCCUAUAUUGACAUAAAUCAGCAGGACAACGAAGGCAACACUGCUCUGAUGAUCGCAUCCCAAGCAGGUCAUAUCAACACUGUCAUGUUUCUUCUAAACUACUAUUCUGGCAUAGACACUGAAGUAAGGGAUUGUCGAGGUUUCACAGCACUCAUCAAAGCGGCUAUGACCGGCCGCACUGACGUAGUGGCUGCCCUCGUCAUGGCUGGUGCUGACAUAGAUGCAGUAGACUCCACAAGAGGAAAAAGCUCUCAGGACUGGGCACUGAAAACAGGGCGCUAUGAGACCCUGCAGCGUCUCCGGCGCCUUACUAUGCGACCAAAAGCUGUGCAGUUCUGUGAGGCUUAUAUCCCUGAGUGGCCUGAGCUCAACGAGAGGGUAGCUAAGGCCAAAACGGGGAAAAGUACCAGGGAGAAAAUCAGCCAGCGGAUCAAAAACUCAUUCAGAAUACCUCGUGAGCCCGAGGACAACGGGGCCUUGGACAACAUGGUGCUCAUGACCACCUGUGUCCACAGUCCACUCAUUUCCAUUGGAUGCCGUCCACUCUGCCCUACAAGCCCCCCUGAGCUGGGGAAGAGACGCCUAGCUGUGCCAGAGCUGGUGAAGAAACACCCAGAUAAGGAAUUAGAAGAGAGAUCAGUGUGCCACAACAACGGCUCAGUAUCACACAUCAAUCCCACAAUCCAGUCUGCUGAGUGCUCCUCAAUGAUGUGCUGUGCUGAGGGCGACCGGCGGGGCAGCGUGCUCGCGACAAAAGUCACUACAGCAUUUAUUCCCCGCAGUAUGGCAAGAAAAAACAGCGUGUUCCCGUCUGGAUGCAUCCCAAAGAUCGACAUCGUCAGGCCUUCAAAUGCAACACCAAAGAAAGAAAAGAAGAAAAAGAAGAAGAAAGAAAAAGGUUUCCUGGAACUUCCCAAGUGGAGAUACAAGGAGAUCAAGGAUGAGAAAAAGAAGGAGAAGAAGAAAGCUGAAAAAGAAAAGGCAGAGAAAGAUACAAAUAAAGAGAAAGACAACAAGAAUGGCACAAAAUAAGUUUCAAAAAAGAGCUGUUCCCUUUUUAGAACAAUAUUUCCAUUUUCAAGGGCUUUUGCCUUUUUUAGUAUAGCUGAAGAUAAACAGGAGAGA